AGAACCGUCACAACAACUCGAUGAUUGUAGACUCGAUAAGCUCAUCGACGGCAUCGACGUCCUCAUCAUCGCCGACGCGCGGUACGCCGAUACGCAAAUCACUGCAGUGCGCUGUUUGCGGGGACGUGGCUCUCGGAAAACACUACGGAGUGAACGCUUGCAACGGGUGCAAAGGAUUUUUUAGGAGAAGCAUUUGGAAAAAUAGGACGUACGCGUGUAGACACGGUGGAAAAUGUCUCGUGGCGAAAGAACAACGAAACGCGUGCCGCUCAUGCCGACUAACGCGAUGCCUUGACGUCGGAAUGAAUCCACGCGCGGUACAAGGCGACACAGUAGAGGAUCCCGAAUGGGACGAAGAAGCCAUGCCGGAAACUCUAUCGAUUAGCACACAAACCGACGCGUUAAAGGUGAAAAAGAAGUCGCACACGUCAUUAUUCACACUUGACAUAAAAAAGGAGCAAAUAAUCGAUAAUCUACGUGCGAUCUACGCGAGGACGGAUCCCGAAGAGUUCUGGAAGCUGACCUACCCGGGCACCUAUGAUUUUCGUUACGCAUUUCAUAAUACGAAAGUGGUCUCGCCACGAACUCCCCUGACGCCCACCGCCGAGAGAAUCGCAACGUUGAAUGACGUCGUCGCGGACUUUCGACGAGCUUUUGUACUAUUUGUGGAUAUUCUAAAAUCGAUUGAUCAGUUGAGAGAUGUGCAGGAAGAUGAUAAAAUGAAGAUUGCAAAAUCGAGAUUCGCGGCGUUCUACUGGUGGUUGUGCUCCACGUGGAGUGCAAAAGCGGGCUGCAACGGUGUAUGCUAUUCCAAUGGAUCUUAUCAUCCGGCUUCGAUCAGUGAUAUGCCAAAGUCCGAGGGAAAGCACGGAGUUCGAAUUGAGUAUGUCGACUAUAGUGGUGUGUCACAGAAGAGCUUGGAGAAUUUGGUGGAGCCGCUGAGACGUAUGGAGCUGUCUGAUGAGGAGAGGAUCGUUGGAGCUGUGAUGGUUAUUUUAGCUGAUCCUGUACCAAAUGUUAGCACCAAAACUGAAAAGAUUCUUGCUGAAGCUCGGGAUUUCUACUUGGAGCUUCUGGGUUAUUGCAUCAAGCUGCCAGAGGAGCAGCAAGGCAUCAGAGUAUCAACUAUGGUUCUUCUAUUGGCAUCUAUAAUGGAAUUGGUGCACUUAACUACCGACAACAUUCAACUAUCCGACGUACUCCAUGUUAUCGAUCUGGGAGACUGGUCUCAAGAGCUUCGGGAUCACCGAUAUAGACGACAAUUUUGAACUGUGAUUGUUCGCACUUUAACCACGUUGAAUAAAUUAUUGAGCUUUACUUCAGGAUCAUUUCUUCUUAUUCUGUGUACAUUAAAAACAAUAAAGAUUUCUUUCUUGG